GUAAUACGGUAUGAUAGAUACGGUACCGGUAGGCCAGACCCUUGCCCUCACUCCCACUCUCCCCCUCUUCUCCCGUAAGAGCCUCAAUCGCGCACAGCCCACAUGACGUCUAUGGUUGCCUGAGUAAAGCUUUCUUCCCCUACCGGCACUGUACGGGACUGUAUUGCCUAUCUUUUCCCACAAACUUCGUCAUCGUCAUUCACUUUCCCUCCCUCCGAAUUCACCAAUCAAAUACCCAAUUCAGCCCAAUUCAAUUCAAUUCAAUCCCAGAUGCACCGCGACCUCCGACUCCGCUUGUUCCCAAACCAUCCGAACGCACUGUCUUGGUCCAGGGACGGGCAGUUAUGUGUGAUUGCUUCGGAGACCGCACAGAUUCUCGUGAGUGCCCGUACAGCCCUUCCUCCACCUUCCAUUCCUUCGCUGCCCCUCCCCGACCGUUAGGGACGCAGGCAACGAGCAAACAGCAGCUAACCAUUCCAUCAGGUUCCCAACAACCUAAAACCCCACCACGCAUCCCUCCGCACGCACCUCCUGCACAGCAUACAAACCUCGCCCGAAGUGGCCCCUGCAGACGGUGAGUUUCAGGUUCGUUUGAGGUUUUACCUUUAUUUAUUCAUAUUUUUUUCACCCUUGUUUUAGAAAGGAGGCAAUGAUUGGUUGAUGCGGAUUUGCUUGGGGACGCAAAUAGCGGAGGUGUAUUCUAUUGGUGAUGAGCAGGGCCCGGGAUAUGCGAGGGCUGCGGCGUGGAGUCCUUUGGGGGUAUCGGAGUUUAGGAGGUAUGUGUGGUUCUCUCUUUUUUUUUCACUUUGCUCGUACAUUCCUAGAGUUUGUUCGGGGAAUUUCUUCAUUGGUGAAUAUUAAUCAAGUGAGAGAGAAAAGGUGUAUUCUGGGUCUCCUCACGACAAAUCAUCAGGUCAAGGUUUUUGUCCCUGGGUGGGACCCUUGGAGUGAUUGGGUGAUUGUGAGUGUCCUCUUUUUUUCCUUCUUUUUUUUUCCUUUUCCUUUUUCUGCAUACUGCAUUGGUUUCUGUGAGAAUCGUUGGGUGCGAGAAGUGAGAGAGAGACGCACUGAGAGAAAAGAAAAGAAAAAAAAAAUGAGCUUCGGCCGUAAGUUGCCCGAUGCAGGGGGCAGUGGUCCAUGUUCGAGGAGAUGGUUUUGUGAGGAGAUGGUCGGAUAGGUUGAGUUACUGGAUUUAGACUGACUAGCCUCCUUGAUGAAUGACUGGAAAAAUGAUAUGCAGCGUUACGAUCUCACAAAGUACUUGAUCGAGUACUCGGGUUGGGACAAUGAUGAGCUCAACGGGGAGGACGAGACCACAGUGCGUAUGCGGGUCCGUACGAGAUCUUUUUCUUGGUCCUCUGGAGUUUCUUUUCCCGCCAGACGGCGGGCGGAAUCAUUGCUCGCGGUGGCAAAUGAUAAUCUACAGAUUGUGCUUUUCAGGUCUGUUUAAAUUUCCCCUGCAUGUUUUUGAUUUAUUUUAUUUUCGUCUUCGGCAUGCCGAAAGGCUCCAAGUUUAAAAGGGUUUUUUUCCACUUUUACACUUUUUCAUCCCCCCUGCUGGGAAAAAUGUGUUUACCGUACCCUUGAGCACGGUUCGCAGUGGGCUGUGUGGUGUGUCUCCCCGGCGGAUCUUUCCCUUGCUCGUCCUGUCCCCAGUUCCCUUUCUUUUCUGAAUGAUAUGAUACGCAGGAUCACGCAUGACCAUUGUUCGAUCGCGGAGUUUUUCAAGGGCGUUGAUUUAGAGAUCGUGAGAAAAGUUGGGCAAAGGGAGACGUGGGUGAGUUGCCUUGCAUGGAGUCCCUGGAAAUGGGUCCGGGGCGGCGACGAAGGAGACAAUCACAAAAGCAAAGCCUUCCUGGCCUACGGAUUCCGCGGAAAGACGUACAUUUGCCCGAUCACCGUGUCCCUCGAGUCGGGAGAUUACUCUUGCUCUCCCGGGGAUCAUGAUCCUGGCAGACUGUCGGCUGUGGCUGGAAAUAGACUUGUUGUUGGGAACUCGAUGUCUGACGUUCAUCUGGUUUCCGCUAUGACUUGGGCUGAGGAGGUGAGACUUUUUGCCCUACACACACCGCUCCCUCACACAUGCACUUUUGCACACACAGUCGCGAGCUUAUUCGUUGACCCGGAAUGACAAUGUAGGAGAUCAGUGGGUGCCUUAUUCUGGCCUAUGCCAUUCCGCGCAGCGUAAAGAUUGUCGCUAUCAACAGCGAUGGGGGGGUCAUGUCCACCAGGGAGUUUGUGAAUGGCUUUGUGGAUCAUAUUGCCGGUACGUAAUUUCCCGUAUAAUGACAAUGUGUAAAGAUAUACUCAUCCUGAGAGGUUACUAGGCUUUUGUUUCACUCCGUCAACAAGUCCCUCGCGGGUCAUGCUCCAUCUUGCCAGCUCCAAUGGAAGGGCGCAAAUCAUCGACUACACACCCACAUCCGGCCACAUGAGCGAGAAGUCAACCUCUCACAUCACGGAAGGCGCCGGCGACGAACAAGAUGUGCCGAUGAGUGACGCCCCACCGGGAAGUAGGGAAGAGGAGGAGGAGCUCCGCGCUAUUGCUUCCCGUUGGACGAAUGUACUGGAGGAGAGGAAGCAAGACUACAUGGCUGAGCAUGACCUAUCCACUUGCACUUCGAGAGUGUAUGGCAUCGCGGCAAGCCCCAUGGGUGGGAUUAUCGCUGUGGCUUGCAGCUUUCAUCCGAAUGAUAGCCUGCAGUACAUUACGGCAUCUAAGGAGAUGACCAAGAUAGUUUUCGGCACACACCACGGGUGGGAGGGCGCCUGGCAGAGGAGAGGCCUUCUGGCUGAGCCCCCGUCAGACGAGCCGCGAGUUCCCUCCCCCGUCGAGAUCUCGAGUGAAGCAUUUCUCUUCGAAAUCGAGUGCUUUGGAAGUAGAAGCGCAGGUAUUGUGGAUAGGAUCUGGAGGUCGCUGGAUAAAGUACACUUCCAGGAUAGUAACGGCUGGGACCUAGAGAGCAUAUCGAUAGACGGUGCUGGGGUCGAUGCUUCCUUGGCUUCCAAUCUUUUGGCUAAACGAGAGCUAAACGCGCUCCGGUACAAAUGCUGCCUGCAAACAUUAUCAGACCCCGCCAAUCCUCGCUUAUCUCUCCUUAUCAACGCCCCUCCCAAAGAAUAUCCAGAAAUAAUCGCUCAUACCAUAUGCAAUAUCCUAUCCGUCCCCCGAAAUAGCGCGACCGAAAAGUCCAACCUGAGCAUCAGGAUAAUAUACUCUCUCGCAUGUAUCGGGAUUCUAGGACUGUACAAUUUCCGCCAAGUCGUAGAGCUCGCCCGAAAGGCAUUCCUCUGGCUAUCGACAAAAGUCAAGGUAGAUGUGCGCACAGAGCUGGAAAUUUCGGACCGUAGAAUAUCAGAUGUGGAAGUUAUGGAGCGCGGAGAGGACGAUGGUUCGGGUCUGCAGGAGAUCCGUGAUAGGGACAAAGGCUUCGCGAGUAGGCUGGAAAAGUGUGCCCUGUGCGACCAGGGAAUGACAUGGUCCGAUCUGAGGGUGGCCGAGUGCUCACUUGGACACAGAGUUUCUAGAUGUACACUUACUUUUCUGCCAAUGAAGGACUAUAAACUCACGAAAGAGUGCAUGGUCUGCAAGCGGACGGUUCUGUCAGAGGCAAUACUUGUCCACGAGAUGGAGAAUAAUGGUACGAGUAAGAAUGACGGCGGAGACGGCGGCGGACUAGGAGAUGAGGGGGAGAUGGAUGAUGGCGGUGGCAAUACUACGAGCACGAGUAAAGCGGGGCCAACUUCCGCUUCCUCUUCUUCCCGUGGCAGAGGUGCUGCUGCUGCUUCUUCUUCUUCUUCUUCUUCUUCUUCUCAAGGAGGGGUAGUAGUAGAUAGAGGAGGGGAGAGCACAUUGGCCGCAAGCAUUUUGACUGGUUUAGAUGUCUGCGUACAUUGUGGAGGAAGGUAUUGGGCGAAAAGCGAGGGGUUGUAGUUUAGUUUAACUCUGUUUUUUUCUUUUUCUCCUCCUUUCCCUCUCUCUCUCUCUGUGGGUUGGGUUGGGUCGAGUGAGUGUGUUUUUCCAUGAUGAGGGAAAUUUUUAAUUAUAUAUCCCUUUUUUCUUUAACCGUACUUACUAUCACAGUGCUCUUGGUUUUAGGGGGCGAAAGGGGGCCGGAGAUGAAUGGGGGGAGGCUUCAAUACCAUGACGCCCCUGCUUGGGUGUUUGACUUUGUCGAGAUUUUCGUCCCGUGUUUUGAAAUUAUUAUUUUUUGUCAACGCCCCAUGGAGAAAAAUAGAGUUAUCAUAGCGUACAGUACGAGUACUGGUAUCGUAAUAUC